AUGUCAUCAGACCCGUACUACAUGUCUUCUUCCCCCCGAAACACGGGCAGCGUCCGCCCAUAUAACUUUGGAACCGCUGACGGGCAUAACCCUGAGAUCAUCUACCAUCUCUUGGACGGCCAGAGCCGAUUGACUCAUCAGGUACCCUACAAUAGACUUGACGAUAUUCUCCGCCUCGCGGGACCCUCACCCGAGCAGAUGGAACUCGAGGAAAUCGAGCGCCAAGAAGAAGAGCGAGCCAUACUCAAUGCAUUCGGCGGGGAAAGAUCAUCUACACCCGCUCCGCAAGCAGAACAGAGCCGGCUCGGAGCACCCAAUUAUUCACCACCAUCGUCACCACCACUGAGCAUAACCGCAGCUGGCCAAUCGAUUGCCGGAGGAGAGGGGCACGGUCCAACCAGUGACGUUGAUACGGAGAAUACCGAAUCAACUGACGCCGCAGAUUGGGAGGAUAGUUCAAGUGGUGACGAUGAUGCCAACCGUCCCAUAGAGAGGAACCUCUGGGAAGGACCGGACGCGGCGAACGAGCCCCAAAUCUACAAUGGCCUGAUGAAACGCCUCCUUCAGCGAACAAGUACUGAUCUCGAAAAUGAUACAGACGACCUCCUUGGCAGAGACUACAUGCAUGGAGUCCUUCCAGUGUACCAACCUGACCUUCUCGUCCGGCACAUGAAAACGAGGAGCGGCGAGAAACACACGUUCAGUCUGCAGUGGGAUGGCCCCGACGAUGCUCCUAUGCCGGAAGGCCCCUUUGAAGUUCUCUGCCCGAACCCCAUGAAUGUCUUGCCCAUUUUGUCAGAACCCAUGGCUCUUCGCCACAUCUACCUGCCAGGCUGGCGAGGGCGGCACCAGGAGGACAAGCUCAAGGCGAGCGAGUGGCAGCGCGGGAUAGAAUUGGCCGUGGGCCGCUGGAGAAAGUCAUCCGUGUGGAAUCCAUUCCGCCCGGAAAUACGUCUGGGGGACGCGGUAAGGAUCCUCGGCUUCCCCGACCUACUGACAUUUCAGGACUUCAUCCACAGACCCAAGAUCGCGGACGCCUUCCGCGAGCUGUGGGAUGCUCACCUCCAAUACGUCGAGUCCCAGGCAGAGAUUCCCUGCGACGAAGCUGGACGGCGGCCCAUCGCCCUGCGCAUCUUCUACUCGCGCACGUGCAAGGGGGAGAGCGAGUUCGACGACGAGCACCCAGACAAGACGGACUGGGAGACGAGCAGCCACCUGGCCCGAUUCUGCCUGCAGGUGGAAAAAGUCUGCAACGCGGAGCACCUGCCGCCGAUCCGAGGACAGCUUCCUAUUCUGAGAAUGAAGGCUGCGAGCUCGAUUGUGGCGUGGGCUGGCAUCGAGCUCGCGAGGAUCUUGCGGACCCUGCCGAAGCAGCCCGGCAACAGAGUGUGCUAUUUGGAUGAAGGAAGGCGCCCUCUGGUCGCAACGGUAACUGUUUGA